AUGUUCAACGCUGUACUACGGGGAGCAGUUGCGUCUUUAUGUGAUUACAAAUACCGUUGUCGCACAGAGUAUUCAUAUGUCGCCGGAAUAGCCACAUUUAUUAAAAAUAAACUCAGAGACGGCAUUUUCACGAUCAAGUCUCCGCCAGCGCUGAAAUGUGUGGCAAUAAAACUGAUGAGUCGUCAGUUAGCGCUGCCUGCUUGCAGUGCUAGAGACGUAAAAGCAGGGGAAAAAAGUCAACCAGCACGGACCCUAGCCAUUAACUUUCACUUCCACAUAUCACUUUUUUAG